AUGCUGCGUCAUGCUGGACCUGCUGCCUCACACUCUCCGCGUCAGUUCGGUCAGGCCAACGUAGCGAGAGUUCUCCUCGAACUCGGAGCCGACAUCGAAGCUCGGACGGGACAUGGCAGGACGCCGCUGCACCUGGCGGCAGCGCAGGGGCAGGAGGAGGUUGUGCGGCUGCUGCUGUCGAAGAAUGCGGACAAGAACGCGAGGACACCGAGCGGAGAGGCAGCGGCAGAGCUUGCGAAGAAGUACAAGUAUAACAAGGUAGAGCAGCUGCUCAAGGAAUGAAGACAGCAGCUGCAGG